UUCACCGAUUGUAGAUCGGAAGAAUCGCAUAAUGAGUGCGCGCUUCGCGAAAGAAAGUUUAUUGGUUUUUUUCUCUGACGACUGACAAGAAAAUGCCCGUUGACAUUAAUCGAUUAACAGAAGGCUGGCUGGAGCUGGAGAGCGAUCCAGGUUUGUUCACGCUACUUUUGGAGGAUUUCGGCGUGAAGGGCGUUCAGGUGGAAGAAAUCUACGAUCUUCAGAAAUCUCUAGAAGGUCCGGUCUAUGGAUUUAUCUUUCUAUUUCGUUGGAUCGAAGAGCGGCGAUCUCGGCGGAAAAUUGUGGAACAGGAUGAGAGUUUCGUGAAGGAUGAGGAAAUUGUUAACAAUAUCUUCUUUGCACAGCAGGUCGUGCCCAAUAGUUGUGCCACUCACGCACUGCUUUCUGUAUUGCUAAAUUGUCCAAACAUCCAUCUGGGAACGACUCUGUCUCGACUGAAGAUGCACACCUCCGGCAUGUGUCCAGAAAACAAAGGUUGGGCGAUCGGCAACACACCAGAACUGGCCUGCGCUCACAAUUCUCACGCUAUGCCGCAAGCAAAGAGACGACAGGACAAGAACACGGGUGUUUCCACCGGCAGAUUCACCGGCGAGGCGUUUCAUUUUGUAAGUUACGUACCGAUUAACGGGAGACUAUUUGAAUUGGAUGGCCUGAAACCAUAUCCCAUGGAUCAUGGACCUUGGGGAGAACACGAGGAAUGGACAGAGCAAUUCAGACGCGUUAUAACCGAUCGUUUGGGAAUAUCGACGGGCGAGCAGUUGCAGGACAUCAGGUUCAAUCUGAUGGCUGUUGUGCCCGACAGACGUCUCGCUAUAUCGCACAAGUUAACAAUGCUGAAGACCAAUAGACAAAUAGUUCUGGAAGCUUUGCAACAGCUGGUGAAACUCAAAAGUCAUCAGGAUGGCAGUAACAUGGAGAAAAGCUCGCAGGAUUCUGACAAGGAUAAGCAGUAUGAGAAAAGAAACAAGGAAGAGGAAAAUGGAUUGCCCGCUAAGACGGAAAUUGAAGAAUCUACGAUUCCAACUAUUAACGUUGAAAGAAGCAACGAUCCAUCUGCGGUUAUCGAUGAAUCGGUAUCCGGCAUUGCUUCUGGAAAAACCGAACCUAGCGGAAUGGAAAAAGUGGUGAUGUGCGCGCUCGACUACGCCACGCCGCUGCAGAUACAAACUUCACCCGCUCACAGCUCAUCGAGCACGGACACCUCGUCGGAAAUCGGAUCGGCCUUUAACUCCCCCACUCAAGCUUGGGGUUGGAACUCCGGCCAAAACAGCCCUACGUCGACGAAGGACUUCAAGAAGUUCGUGGUGAUCAGAGUUGCCGGUGACGAGAAGAACGAGACGGGUCUCAGUCGUUCUUUGGGAAAUAUCAACAUAAACGGGAAGAGAUUAGUUUCCGACAGUGGCCAUUUGCACAAAAAGAUUUGUUUAUCGAGCGAAGUUAGAAUUCCUCACGCAAGAGUGAAAACCAGCAACGGUGAUACCGUGAUUGAGGAGAAAAAAAUCGAGAAGAUCGACCCGAAGCAAUGCUCCAAGUACCCGGAACUCUUCGAACCGCACACGUUCGGGCCUAAAGAUCUUCUGGCGCUGCUGAAGAACCUGGAGCACGAGAUCAGCGUAUGCGAGACUAGUCUAAAGGAUGAGAACGACAAGAGAAACAAAUACAAGAUUGACGAUUGUCGGAGGACGCACAAUUACGACGAGUUUAUCUGUACGUUUCUCUCGAUGCUCGCGCAACAGGGCAAACUCGCGGAGUUGGUUCAACAACAUUUGAAAGCAACGUUAAAGAAGCACACGUCCGUCGCGGUGAACAGAGUUCACAGGUCAUCAAAGAAGUCCGACACUCGUCAGAAUUCCUCCCGCAGACGGCGCGGAAGAACAAAAUGUAAAAAACGAAAGUAAUCCUCAGACGCGUAAGUUUUAAAGCAAUGUGUCUCACUCAAGGCACAAAAAUAAACUUAUUUAGCAAUUUGCAAAUAUUAUCACGCGAAGAAAAAUCGACAUACGCGUACAACACGCAUAUGGUUUCCAUAUAAAUAAAAAAAGAAAUAGCAUUACUGUUUCCAUUUGGAUCAACACUUCAUAGUUUUAGCUUGUCAACGUCUUGCGGCUAGUUUUACAUACAUAGAAAGCAAUCGUAUAAAGAUACUUUGACUUGUACAAUUAAAUGAUGAAAACUUUAUGUCUGACAAUGUACAAAUUAACUUAAAAAUUGUAUACAUAUAUUUUUUUAUAUUCUUUGUAUAAUCACGAGAUAUAUUUAUGUGUCCAUAUUUAAUGUUUAUCUCGGUUGCUUCAUUCACUAGAAUUGUCUCUUCUUUUGAUCUUAUAUUUCGUACGAAAUAUACGUAUGACUUAUCUCGCAGAGCGCGAUGAUUUGUGUUCCUUUCUCCUGUGAUCGCUUGUGAAUUUGAGAGAGAAGGUGUGGCGGAGGGAAGAAAAUACAAGCCAGUUUUGUUUUUUUUUUGUCUCAAAAACAUUGAAAAUAUUUAUUUUAUAGCGGUAUUCAUAUACAAGUACACUACACGUGCAGUUGGAUAUGUUUCUUAGAAUCUAAAUACUUACAUCUCCGGACAGCCGGAGAAAGGAGAACCGAGCUUUAUUAUUUAUUAGAUUGAUUUACGAAAUUUACGGCUUUUAUCUUGCAAACGGAUUUUUGUUUGUUUGUUUUUUUUUUUUUUUAUCAAUCCUAGCCUGAGUCGUUUCGCCGUUUUACAGUACAAUAAUGAUGCAUAGGAACUGUAGAACUCGGAGUGACAACGAUUUUGCGGGAUGCAAUGGGAGGUAGGAAUAAAGAGACAGGGAGAUAGACAAGUGUCGUUCUUUCUCCGGCCAGCGGUUAUCCGGCGGUCCUGUUUUUUUCUGUUUUUUGGCAAAAAGGUGCGAUAUAUCGUAUUUACAAUUUUCUUUUUUUUUCUUUUUUUUUUCUUUUUUAUAAACGCGUAUCGGCUCUCGCGAUCGUCGCGCGUGAUCGUUCGAGGCGAGCGAGGCAAAAGUGCGCGAGUAAUCGAUGUAGAUUUGUGUGUACGUGUGUGUGUGUGUGUGUAUGUGUGUGUAUGUCAAGAAUUAAAUUCGAAAUCAUGUCGAGAUCGUCGUCGACACGUCAAUCGACAAUAGAAGAUACGAUGUAUUUUAUCAUACACAGUUACAUCUUCAUUUUCUUCUCGCGAUUUGAUCACUGGCAACUUUCGGCGAGAAGCUCGGCACAAUUCCGUUUACAGGCACUCUCGGUUAUUCUACAGCGACGCGACUGCGAUUUGUUCGCGAAAACUUUCUCCUCGCGAGUUUGAAAUUUAGCGACGAUUAUUGCUGAAGUCCACGAGACUUGAAAAACGAAAAGACAAAAUCGAUUACGAGCGAAACAUAUUCACGCUAAAAAAAAAAAAAAGUAAAAAGCAAAAG